AAUGAAUCGUAAAGUUUUGAAUGUCGAAAUCAAGAGCAUCACAAUCAUUGAGGCGCAACUAUUUUUACAAAAUGAGCAAUUGGUGCAACAACAAAUAUUACGCCCGAAAAUUGGAGUCAAAUGA